AACAGGUAGGCGUCCUCCUCUCUGAGCGGUGACUGCUGCGGGAACAAGAGCGGACCAUGCCGGAGGAGAGGAGACCCGCACCAGCACAGCUCCACACACAUCACUAAGGACGAGGCUUGUGACAGUUUCACUCUGACAGUCGGGCUUUUUUGUUUUAGUUGCCAGGAAACCCUACGGAGAACUGCUGAGUAAAGUGUCCUUCUUAAUCCAGGAUCAUUUCUAUACGGAGAUACACCUCGCUCUGGAUGAAAUGCUGCUGCCAUUUUAUCUUCAUCACUAAACCGCGAUCCUCAGAGGGAAACGAGGACAGUGUUGAUUACACAGCUGAUCCCUGAGAGGUCAGACGCUCUGACCCACAUCCGCUGCAGGAGGACAUGGAGGUGCUCCGGCGCUCCUCUGUUUUUGCUGCAGAGGUCCUGGAUGUGUUUGACAGAUCGCUGAGCGACAAGGAGCUCGUGUCCCAGUCUAAAGCGCUGUGCAGAGACUACAUUUUGUCCAGACUCAACCAGAAUGGUCUGGGAUGGUCCAAGAGUGAACUUAAUUUCACUCCCCCGAAUGCUGCACUUGCUGAGGUGACCAUGGUGCUUCUCUGUCUUGGUGACGAGCUGGAGUGUAUACAGCCCAGUCUGUACAGGAACGUGGCACGGCAGCUCAACAUUUCUGUUGCCAUGGAGAAUGUGGUUUCAGAUGCCUUCCUCGGCGUAGCAACAGAGAUUUUCUCAGCAGGUGUAACAUGGGGUAAAGUGGUAUCCUUGUACGCGGUAGCUGGAGCUCUGGCAGUGGACUGCGUCAGACAAGGCUAUCCCUCUACGGUCCAAGUCUUAGUGGACAGCUUGGGACAAUUUGUCCGCAAAUUUCUGGUUCACUGGCUGAAGAGACGGGGAGGAUGGACGGAGAUCAUGAAGUGUGUGGUGAAGAAGGAUCUCGCUCCAGAGCAGCCCUGGCUUUCCUCCACCGUCGAAUCCAUCAAAUACUUCCUCACCACAAUGUACGUCUACAUCAUGAAGGAGCCAUGAUCAGCUGAGAGGGAGACUAGAGGAGCCGCCGUGUUAUGGGAGUCGAAUCUCACACUUGUCAAUGAAAGCUGGAGUGGAGCGAUGAGGAGGUUUGAGCUGGCCAGCAGAUUCCAGUCUGUUGCUGAAUGGCCAUCAACAAAUGUUUCAUCGGCAGCCCGUCUGCAUUGCCUCGGUGUCAGUUGAGCCUACGUGUGAUUACCCUUCAUCCAAAGAGAAAUCACCUUGCUAUUAAGCAGCAUAAAUGGCAUCUCCUGUAUAACUCCACCACUCCUCAGCUUUUUUAUUUUGGGCUUUUUUUCACUGCUUGUACCAGUGCAGUCAGGCUUCCAGGCUUCUCUUCUCAUUGUACCCAAUAAUGGCCAAAUAACAUGAGGACAGGUGAAUGAUAUGCACUGAAUGUGAAGCUUAUUUCACAGUUUUGUUCUUUUUUUAAAUCUGUAAAUAGCUUAUUUAUAAUUUUAGUUUUUUUGAUUAUGAAACCACUGCAGUAUAAUAUCUGUCACUACAGAAGCUCUUCAGGAUGGUUUGUGUGCAAUGGAUGUGACUUUGUAAAUGAUGGUCUGAUUUUUUUUUUUUUUUCUAACUUAAUAAACUUGACCAUAUCGUCA